GAAAAAUAGAGAGACGGAGUGAGAGAGAACGAGAGAGAAAGAGAGACAGAAAAGGUGAAAGAGAGAAAGAGAUACAAAGAGAAAAAGACAGAGAGAGAGAAAAAAUGAGAGAGAGACACACAUAAAGUGUCUGAGUGGCGAAAGAAAGAGUGUGGUUGAGAGCGAAGGGGAGAAAGGUUAGAUCUGGGCUAUAUGUAUAGCAGUAGAUAGUUAGCAUAACAUAUACAUAGCCUACAUAAUCUGUGAGAGAGAGGUUGUCUAAAGAGCAGUUGGAUCGAUCUCUAACUGAGUCCUAAAGUUCGAGCCAUAAACAGCCAUGGAGUUUACCAGACGUUACCUGCCCAUGGAAUGGGAGGAACGGUGGAGGAAAGAGAAGGAAAGGAGGAGAAGGAUGAUUGAGGAAGGAGGAGAAGAGGUAGAAGCGGACGAUCGAAAGCUGAGGUGGAUUGUGGCCUACAACAACAACCGGAUGGGCGUGACGAGGAGAAAGGAGAAAGAGGGAGCAAGGGUGAAGAAGAGGAACGACAGCACGGCAAGCCAGGGAAAAGAGGAAGAAGAAGUGGAAGUGUCAGAUGAGAGGAGGGAAGGACUGGGAGAUGAAGAGAAGGUUCGUACAUUCUACAGACAUACCUAUCCUAAAGAGGUCUUCCAGGGUCUGGAGCAGCUCAGGGACUCCUCUCUCCUCACUGACCUGACUCUGAGCACUGAGGAUGGGCAGCGUCUUUAUGCACACUCCCCUGUCCUGGCUGCUGUGAGCACCCUUGUCCACCAGAGACUGCAAGAGAGGGAUGAAGAGAUGAAGAAGAGGAGGGGGAGGAGAGAUGUUGACAUGGACAUCAAGACAGAGAUAUUCAUCAGUCUGGGUCCUGAGGUGGGGCUUGUGGGGCUGACAGGGGUGCUGGAGUUUGCCUACACUGGGGCCUUAGCAGCUCUGAACAGACACACACUGGCCCAGAUACAGACUGCAGCUACAACACUAGGGGCCCCCAGAGUUCUAGAACUCUGCAGUGAAGAGGAGGAGAAAAUGAAGAAGGGAGUAGAGAAGAGGGCAGAAGAGAAGAUCUCUGCUGAAGAACAGAUGAAGGUCAGUCUUCAGUCCAUCAGAGAGCUGUGGGCAGAGAGAGUGGGCUGUGAUGUGGAGCUGGAUGUUGGAGGAACAUCAUUCCAUGUCCACAGAGUGCUCCUGGCUGCCAGUAGUGACUACUUCCGGGGAAUGUUUACCAGCGGGAUGAGGGAAUCACAGCAGCCCUGUGUGGCCCUUCCCUUCCUGGAGGCAUCUGAGCUUGAGGCCCUGAUUGGCUGUUCCUACAGCGGGUCCCUCUCCCUCAGCUGGGGGUGUGUCUUUGAGAUCACCUGCACCGCCCUGCAGCUCCAGUUCCAGCCCACCCUCUUGCUGUGCCUCGAUUUCCUGGAACGGGAAAUGGAUGCCCACUCAUGUCUGGACGUGGCCUCCUUCGCCCUGGCUUAUGGGAUGCCGGAACUCCUCAAGGAGGCCGAGGACUUUGUUCUGAGGAACUUCCAAGAAGUGUCUACCAGCCUGAAAUUCCUGGACCUUCCGGCUGAUAAACUGCUGGAUUUUCUCCACUCUGACGGCCUAUGCGCGCCCUCAGAGCUGGCCGUGUUCAGGGCCGUGGUGGUCUGGAUAGAGGCCGACCCAGCAGAGAGGCUAGCCCAGGCCCAGGAGCUGAUGACAGGAGUCCGCUUCCCGCUCAUGACCUUUAAGGAGUUCAGAGAGGUCAGGGCAAUCAACCUGCGCAUGGAGUGCAGCAGCGACACAGAGGUGGAUCUGUACGGAUCAGCCCUCAAAGAGUUUGGCUUCAGUCUUCCCGAGACCCAGGACCAGUGCCGGGUCCGACGGCCCAAAGACGCCCUGGUUCUGGUCGGAGGCGACCAGCUGGAUCCUGACUUGGGGAAACGGCUUCCCAGCAGGCAGCUGUGGUUCGCUAACUCCCUCCGCACCGGAACAGGCCUGGUGAAGGCCAUGGACUGGAGGAUUCUGGGAGAGAUGCCAGAGAAGCCCAGGUUUAGACACGGGGUGGGGGUGAUGGAGGGACGGCUGUACGUAAUCGGAGGGUGUGAGUUCUACACAAAGACUGAUACGCUGAAAUCGGUAUACAGGUAUGACCCCAUGCAGGACAGCUGGCAGAGGUUGGCUGACAUGCAGGAGUACAGGAGUAACUUCUCAGUGGUGGUGCGGGGUGAUCGUCUCUACGCCAUCGGAGGAGACAUGGACAUGAAUACCAACCUGGACAGUGUGGAGGACUACAGCCCCGUAUCUGACACCUGGAGCUUUGCCAAGCCUCUGGACCAGGCCCUGAGUGGCCACGCUGCCACAUUGUUGGAUGGAGAGAUCUUCAUCUCAGGGGGGUUCGACUGCAGGUACCAGUGUCUGACGUCCAUGUUCCUGUACCACCCUGAGAGAGGAACUACCUACCUGGCAGAGAUGAGCCAGGAUCGGGCCCAGCACUGUAUGGAGGUACUGCAUCAUGGUGGUGGUGGUCUCUGCGUGGUUGGAGGGGUGUGUAACCUACGUACGUUCUACACCGACCAGCUGGCCUGUGAGGUCUACGACCCUGUUAGUGACUCCUGGAGCACCCUCACGCCCCUGGCCGUCCCCCAUGUUGGAGCAGCCUCUGUGGUUCUGGAGGGGAAGAUCUAUGUGCUGGGAGGAUACUGCCAAGAAGACUACAGGGAGACCAGACUGGUUCACCGAUAUGAACCCAUUACCCAACGUUGGGAGAAUAUGGGCAAGAUGCCCGGACCUAACACUGACAUAAGAGCCUGUUUGCUCCGCCUACCCGCCCACUUGAGACAAUGAGAGAGGGAACUUUCGAUGGUGAUAAAGUUCCACAUUACAUUGAAGUUGUUUUUUAUGGAGUGAAAAAGAUGCAGGUCUACUUUAAUGCUCCACCUGCUUGCCCACUUGAGACAAUAAAACAAUGAGAGAGGGAGGGUCACAUGGUGAGAAAGAGGGCUGGGGUUGCCAUAUAUAAUAAAAUAAAAUAAAAUAAAUAUGACUAAAACGCAGAGAAAGAGCUAUGCCUAAUUCUUUAUGUCAUUGAUAUAUUGUUUUGAUUGAAAAACAGCCAAUUCCAUUCGUAUUUGGAAUAACCCCACCUUACCUCAGGUGUUUAAUGACAGCACCUUUAAGUCCUGUUUCCAAAGUGACAGCUCCUUUAAGUCCUGUUUCCAAAGUGACAGCACCUUUAAGUCCUGGUUCCAAAGUGACAGCACCUUUAAGUCCUGGUUCCAAAGUGGCAUCACCUUUAAGUCCUGGUUCCAAAGUGACAGCACCUUUAAGUCCUGGUUCCAAAGUGACAGCACCUUUAAGUCCUGGUUCCAAAGUGGCAGCACCUUUAAGUCCUGGUUCCAAAGUGGCAUCACCUUUAAGUCCUGGUUCCAAAGUGACAGCACCUUUAAGUCCUGGUUCCAAAGUGACAGCACCUUUAAGUCCUGGUUCCAAAGUGACAGCACCUUUAAGUCCUGGUUCCAAAGUGACAGCACCUUUAAGUCCUGGUUCCAAAGUGGCAUCAUGAAUUUUUAACAUUCUAUGAUGGAAAUCUACUGUCAUUCAGUCAAUUACAAGAAAGAUUUGGAUUAACCCAGGCUUAUUUCUUUAAGUUCCUACAACUUCGAAGUCUUAUUUAAUCACUUCAACAGAAUCUGGAUGAACCUAAGGCAUCUAGCGUAGAAAAAAUACUGAAAGAAGCUGCUACGACAAAUAAAUUGAUUGCCAAGUUAUAUCAAGGGUUGAUUGAAACUCUUAACUGAUGGUUCAGAACUUAUACGGAAACAAUGGGAAACAGAUCUAAAGGAAGAAAUUGAGGAGAACCAUUGGUCACAAAGAUGUAAAAAUGUCCAUACCUGCUCCUACAACCUAAGACAUAAAUAACUGCAAUUUAAGAUCAUUCAUAGGACUUUUUACACUCCUGCCAUAACACAUACAGUAUAACGCACCCAGAAAUGUCAUAUCUCUGUUGGAGAUGCACAAAGGAAUACUAUUACAUAUGCUUUGGUCCUGUGAUAAACUGACACCAUUUUGGGAUCAUGUACUGUAUGUCUUAUCAUUUCCUUGUCACUGUGAAUGUAUAUCCCUCCAUCUCCACGGUUCUGUCUGUUGGGAUAUGUAAAUAUUUGUGAUUCAUCUCAGAGAAAGCUUUGUUGUCAAGGUCCGUAUAGCCAUCAAUUGAAAAGCCUCAUAUUCACCAUUAAUAGCAAACUGGAGGACUGAACUAUCUAGCUACAUACUGUACCAUUGGAUUUUAUAUAUUAUUAAAUUAAAUAAAAAAACGGAAGUGUUUGACGAAAUUUGGUAACCAUAUGUUGAUCACUUUGGGGAUGUGUUGUGUAGUGGGCAUUUUGUUUUGCGUAGUGUUGUUUGUGGGGUGCUGUGGAUUUUUUGUUGUUGUUACUGUUUGUAGAAAACAAAACAAAAAUGAAUGUAUGUGUGUUGAUAGUAUUACUUAACUUAUGGCCUCCUUACAAAGAGUGUUAUUUGUUCCAUGAAAUUAUAUACAGUACCAGUCAAAAGUUUGGACACACCUACUUAUUCAAGGGUUUUUCUUUAUUUUUGCUAUUUUCUACACUUUAGAAUAAUA